AUGAUCAUUCCACAAAUCGCUUGGUUCUCCUUUCUGCUUUGCCUCAUGAUGCCAUCAGUUCAAGCAUUCAACAUCGAGGAAGAAUUUUUCCAAAAACUGGCAUCUCUUGGAUUGGUCGGGUUCAUUAUCGUCGAGCUCGUCGUGAUUGUGUUGGUUGUCGUCAUUUCGGUCAGUAUUACAGUUUGUGUGAUGCGUCAACGGAGAGCGCAGUUCCUUGAUAUAACGGAACAAGAUGGGUGGAGGAUUCGGUGGCAAAAGUCAAGGAUCCACUGGCGGAGGAACUACCGGAGGAAUGUGAAGUGCUCUCUUUUGUGA